CAGAAAGAGCCUUCCAGGACGACGGCAUCAACCACCAUGGCAACCUCAUCUCACCAGCUCCUGCUGCUGGCCGACCAUCUGAAGCUAUCGUUGCUCGAGCGGCAACGCGCCGUCAGCCUGAACCUCGACUCGCACAAGCAGGAUGGCCAGAUAGAGCGAUCCUUGUCGCAACUGCACGAUGGCCUGGAGCAGUUGGAGGCGCAGCAAAGAGAUCUAGGGGCGGCCGAGGACGAUAGCUCGGACCUGUCGCGGUUGCGGAAACAGUAUAGUCAGCUGUAUGCGCAGUUUCAUGGGUCUGCGCCUCCGCCUGUAGAGGCCAGCAGCCCGAACGAUCCAGCUUUGGCCGGCGACUUCGCGGCAGCAAAGUCGAGGCCGAACAGAACGCGCAGCAAUAGAAACGUGCGCUUUCGCGACGACCCGGACGACGACGACGACGAUGCAGAAGCGCAAGCGAAUCGCGCAGCACUUUUCGCAGACCAAGAGCGGUAUAGAGAUGAACCCGAAGCACCGAAUCACACAGAUAUGGACAACCAGCAGAUACACGCCUUUCACAAGCAAGUGCUGCGAGAACAGGAUGAGCAGCUGGACACACUAGGCCAGAGCAUAGGAAGGCAGCGCAUGCUAGGCAUCCAAAUGGGCAAUGAGCUGGAUGAGCAGGUCGAACUUCUGGACGACGUGGAACGCGGUGUGGAUAGGCAUAGCAAUCAGCUAUAUGGUGCACAGAAGAGGCUCACGACGUUUUCACGGAAGGCCAAGGACAACUGGAACUGGAUCACGAUCACGAUACUGGUCAUCAUCUUGGUCCUGGUCAUCGUAGUAUUGAAGUAAGCAGUACCUGACCUAAGGCAUGGGAGGUAGAAGUGCUGGUGGUAGAUCCGAGAUGGGACAGGAGCGAUCAUGUGUCAGUACCUAACGUUCACGAAUUCAUGACUUGACGAACUGCAUCCUAUGUAAUGCGCGCUCGAAGCAUCCCACACGAUCUGUUGACACGGAUACGGCAAUGUGCCUCGAAUGGUGAGAUGAGGCCAUGUAUGCGCCCAGCCUGGAAAUACAACAACAGCCGAGCAGCGCCUGAUGAAUAUGACGUAAAUAGCUAUCGAGCUUCCACUUGAGCUUCAUGUUAUGGUAUGUACUUGGCCACGACAUCGUCGUGCAAGUCACCAAGGCUCUCCUCUCCCCUUGUUCUCAACUAUUGCUCGCAAGACCGAAAUCCUUCAGGCAUACACAACAAGAUGUAUAUGGGUCUAGAGAAGAAAGUCGUGCUCAUCACAGGCGGCACCAAAGGCAUCGGACGUUCCAUCGUUCGAGCGUUCCUCAAGGAAGGUGCCACAGUACACUUUUGCUCCAGAACCGCAAGUGAUGUUCAAGCCGCCAAUGAAACUUAUCGCAAAGACUACCCGGACAGUAAGGCCAUCGGCGCCGUAGUCGACGUCACCAACAAAGACAAACUCACGCAAUGGGUCAACUCGACCGCCCAAGAAUCCAGCAAAAUCCACAUCGUCAUCGCCAACGUCUCCAGCUUGAGCAUCGAAGACAGCGUCGAGAAUUGGCACACGGCGUUUCAGACGGAUUUGAUGGGAACUUAUCAUCUCAUCCAAGCUGCUCUGCCCCAUUUGGAGAAGUCUCGGGGGAAUAUUGUCACCAUCUCUUCUGUUUCGGGACGAGAUGUUGAUUUUACGGCUCCUGGGCCGUAUCCGAUUAUGAAGGCGGGGUUGAUUCAUUAUACGGCUGGGUUGGCGCAUACGUUGGCGUCUAAGGGCGUGAGGGCGAAUACUGUUUCUCCUGGCAAUAUCUACAUUGAAGAUGGUGCAUGGGGAAAUAUCGAAAAAAAAGCUCCGGAAUUGUUUGCCAGUCAAAUGGCUUUGAAUCCCAUGGGUCGUAUGGGUAAGCCGGAAGAAGUGGCGGAUGCGUGUGUGUUUUUGGCGAGUGAGAGGGCGAGUUUUAUUAGUGGGACGAAUCUUGUUGUUGAUGGGAGUUUGUGUACUGGGACGCAGUUUUGAUGGUACCUUGUUGUCUUGGUGUGAAUACCGAUCAAUGAACAUAUAUCGGUUCGAUGGGAAAAGGCCGAUUCACUGUAAAAAUCUUUCGUUGUUGCACACGAGCUGGUGCUGCUCUCUCUUUGACAACCCAAACGACAGCUCCUCCGAUUGUUACAUAGAAUCUUCGCCCCAGAUCCUUCUACUGUAC